AUGGCUUACUUUCUCGUCUCUCUUUCUCUGCAAGAGAGAGAUUUGGUUUCUAUUUUUUUUUACCUGCCUUUUGUCGACUUUUCCUUUGAUAUAAUUGGUCCUGAGUUGCAUAAUGGCUGCUUCUUCUUCGCUCUCAAAUCUAUCAUUUUCCUUUCGUUCAUCUUAUUAGCAUAUAUCUCUCUUUCCUCGAUCUUUUUUUUUUCCUUUUCUUUAAUUUUGCUUUAUAUUUCCUCUUUCGUUUUUAAUAUUUUCUUUCUUUUUUCUUAUCUUCUUUCAUUGUCUCUGCUUUUAUAUUUCUUAUGUCUUUCUUUCUUUGUUAUUAGAUCUUUUUUUUCUUUUUUUUUUCUUCAUUUUUUGUUUGUUUGUUUGUUUGUUUCUUUCUUUCUUUCUUUCUUUCUAAUAAUUACUUUCUUUUAUUUCUCCUUUCGUUUCCAUUUCAUUCUUUCUCAUAUUCAUUCAUUCCGUCUACCAUUGCUUUAUUUUCUCUCUCGUUCUUCUGACAUCAUUUUCAUUUUACUAAUUUUAUCUUUUCUUUCUUUAUUUCUGUACUGUUUUACCUCGAUUUCCUUUGUCGCUUCUUUCAUUCAUUCAUUUAUAUUUACAUUUGGUCAUUCAUCUUCACCUUCAUUUUUUCUUGUAACUCUCUCUCUCUCCCUCUUUCUUUACUCACCUUCUGGUUUCUUUUUAAUCUCUUUUUCAUUUCAUUUCUUUCUUUCUUUCUUUCUUUCUUUCUUUCUUUCUUUCUUUCUUUCUUUCUUUGCGUUUUAUAUCCUUUUUUCCUUCCUUCCUUCCUUCCUUCUUUUCUUCCUUCCUUCAUUCCUUCCUUCCUUCCUUCCUUCCUUCCUUCCUUCUCUUCAUCUAGUUUUUAUUUCCUGUUUCGCUUCCAUUUUUCACCCUUUUCUUUAUUUCUCUAUAACUUUCUUUCUUUCUUUUUUUCUUUUUCUUUCUUUCUUUCUUUUUUCUUUCUUUCUUUCUUUCUUUAUCUAUUUAUUUCUCCCCUGUCCUUGUUUUCGUCUUCCCUUUUUCUUCUUUCCCUCCUUCGUUUUUCAUUUAUCUCAUGUUUCACUGCCAUUUUUCACCUCUUUCUUUCUUUCUUUCUUUCUUUCUUUCUUUCUUUCUUUCACUGCUUUUUUCUCUCAACCCAGUCUUUCUUUAUUUAAUGUUUCUUUUAAUCUCUAUCUUAAUUGUACACUCUUUCUUUCUUUCUUUCUUUCUUUCUUUCAUUCUUUCUUUCUUUCUUUCUUUCUUUCUUUCACUAAUUCUUUUUAUACUCUUUCCUCAAUCUUUCUCUUAUUAAUAUUUCUUUUACCCUCUUUCUUAAUUGUACAUUCUUUCUUUUUUCUUUCUUUCUUUCUUUUUUUCACUCUUUCUUCUUUCCCCACUAUCUUUAUUUUCUUUCCCCCUUUCUCUUCUCAAUUUAACAUCCUUUCUCUAUUUAAUCUUUCUUUUACUCUCUUUUUUUUUCUGAUUGUACUCUUUUUCUUUCAGUCUUUCUUUCUCCCUUCCUUCUCAGUCGAUAUUUACCUCUUUUCUUUUGUCAUUUCUUUCCCACAUCCCUCUCUUUAUUCAUCCAUUCCCAUAUUACCUCUCUCUCUCUCUCUCUCCCAAUCUCCUUUUCCGCCGCCCCGACACUUUUCAAAUCUCUCUCUUUCUUUCUUUCAUGGAGCAGAGUUGGAUAUCUAUCUAUCUAUCUAUCUAUCUAUCUAUCAAUCUAUCUCAGCCUGUUCAUACCUACUUAUCUAUUUCAGCCUGUUCUUUUUUAUCUAUCUAUUUAUCUAUCCAUAA